AAUUCUUCCUUUGAGCUGAUCCUUUCUCAUUUCCCCUCUGAAACCAAGCGUUCAUAAUUUCAACAGCUUACAAAUCUGUUUUUGUUGGAUCAUUCUUCAUUUCUUAAUCAAUUCCUGUUGUUAACAUGGCUUCAAUCGCUCAAAACGGUUCUUCUUCCGAGAGCUUUUGCACCGCCGCCACCUCCAACGGAGGCGGCACCGAUCCUUUGAACUGGGCCGUCGCGGCGGAGUCGCUGAAGGGGAGUCAUUUGGACGAGGUGAAACGCAUGGUGGCCGAGUAUCGGAAGCCAUCGGUGAAGCUCGGCGGUGAGACGCUGACGAUUUCACAGGUCGCCGCAAUAGCUUCGAGUGACUCUGGCGUCAAGGUUGAACUUUCCGACGACGCGAGGGCCGGCGUUAAGGCGAGCGCCGAUUGGGUGCUCGACGGGAUGAAUAAAGGUAUUGAUAGCUAUGGUGUUACCACUGGAUUUGGCGCCACUUCUCAUCGGAGAACUAAACAAGGCGCUGCGCUUCAAAAAGAGUUGAUUCGGUUCUUGAAUGCUGGAAUUUUCGGCAAUGGAACCGAGUCAUGCAACACGCUCCCUCACUCAGCAACUCGGGCAGCCAUGCUCGUUAGAAUCAACACUCUCCUUCAGGGAUACUCUGGUAUUCGAUUCGAGAUUUUGGAAGCCAUCACUAAGCUUUUAAACCGCAACAUCACCCCAUGUUUGCCCCUUCGUGGCACCAUUACAGCAUCCGGCGAUCUCGUUCCGCUUUCCUACAUUGCCGGAUUGCUCACCGGGAGGCUGAAUUCCAAGGCCGUCGGACCUGACGGAGAAUCUCUUAAUGCCGAGGAAGCCUUUCAUGUAGCCGGUAUUGAUUCCGGUUUCUUCGAGUUGCAGCCUAAAGAAGGGCUGGCUCUUGUCAAUGGCACUGCAGUCGGUUCUGGCUUGGCUUCCAUGGUUCUUUUUGAAGCUAACAUACUUGCUGUUUUGUCUGAGGUUUUGUCUGCAAUUUUUGCCGAAGUAAUGAACGGUAAACCCGAGUUUACGGAUCAUUUGACGCAUAAACUGAAGCAUCAUCCGGGACAAAUCGAGGCUGCUGCGAUAAUGGAACAUAUCCUUGAAGGGAGCUCUUAUGUUAAAUCAGCCAAGAAGUUGCAUGAAAUGGAUCCAUUGCAGAAACCGAAACAAGAUCGGUACGCCUUACGGACUUCUCCGCAAUGGCUUGGUCCACAGGUUGAAGUGAUCCGAUUUGCAACCAAAUCGAUCGAAAGAGAGAUUAACUCCGUCAAUGAUAACCCUCUGAUCGAUGUUUCGAGGAACAAGGCCUUACAUGGUGGCAACUUCCAAGGCACCCCAAUCGGUGUCUCGAUGGACAAUGCUCGAUUGGCUAUUGCUGCUAUAGGGAAGCUUAUGUUCGCCCAAUUCUCGGAACUGGUUAAUGAUUUCUACAACAAUGGUCUCCCAUCGAACCUCUCUGGUGGUCCGAACCCGAGUCUCGAUUAUGGUUUCAAGGGUGCAGAAAUUGCAAUGGCUUCCUAUUGUUCCGAGCUCCAAUACUUGGGUAAUCCGGUUACGACUCAUGUUCAAAGUGCCGAGCAGCACAACCAAUAUGUGAACUCUUUGGGGCUAAUUUCAUCCCGGAAAACCGCCGAAGCCAUCGAAAUCUUUAAGCUGAUGUCGUCUACGUUUUUGGUGGCCCUUUGCCAAGCUAUUGAUUUGAGGCAUUUAGAAGAGAACUUAAGGAACACGGUGAAGAACACGGUGAGCCAAGUAGCUAAGAAGAUCCUCACGACCGGCCCCAAUGGCCAGCUUCAUCCUUCGCGGUUCUGCGAGAAGGACUUACUUAAAGCCGUGGAUCAUGAAUAUGUUUUUGCAUACAUCGAUGACCCUUGCAGCGCUACGUACCCAUUGAUGCAAAAGCUGCGGCAAGUACUCGUCGAGCAUGCAUUGAGAAACGGCGACAAUGAGAACGACACGAGCACAUCAAUAUUCCAAAAGAUAGAGGCUUUCGAAGAAGAAUUAAAGGAUGUAUUGCCAAAGGAGGUCGUGAACUCGAGGGUUUCGAUCGAGGACGGGAACCCGGCGGUACUGAACAAGAUUGUCGGUUGCCGAUCGUAUCCGUUGUAUAAAUUUGUGAGGGAAGAGCUCGGAACCGGGCUGCUAACAGGGGAGAAAGUGAAGUCACCUGGUGAGGAAUUUGAUAAGGUGUUCGUUGCUAUGUGCCAAGGGAAGAUCAUUGAUCCUAUGCUUGAAUGUCUUAAAGAAUGGAAUGGUGCCCCUCUCCCGAUCUGCUAGUUUUAAAAUCUUUUCAAUUUGGUCCUUGUAAAUUUGUUAUUGUUUAUUUGUAAAAGAAGUUGAUCAUGUGAAAAUAUAACCUUCAAAAUAAUCGAAUGAUAAUAUCGAGAUUUCAGUUGGAA